AUGGCUACCUCGACCCUAAACCCUCAGCCUGUGCCCGAGGGCUCCAACAGUCACUUUGUGUCCUCUCGAAAAACACAGACUAUUGCAGAAGAGGUUGAAGCAUCUCAGAUCCACCUUCGCAAGCGUCUUGACGGUGCACUGACAAGACCACCACCAGGUGUAAAUGCUGAAGAACUUCCCACUGUACCUUUGAUUGAUAUUGGCCCCUCGCUUGAUGGCGAUUUAGCAUCUCGAAAGGCAGUGGCAUAUCAAAUCCGGGAUGCAUGUGUCACGACAGGUUUCUUCCAGAUCAGCAAUCAUGGCAUUCGGCAAGAAUCUAUGGCACAAGUCGUCGAGCAAGCACGUCGAUUUUUCCAUGAACUAUCGGACGAGCAGAGGCAAGCACUGCAUAUCAAGCAUUCAGCACUCAUGCGCGGUUAUGAACCUCAUGACGCAACGUAUGUCAACACAGACGACAAGGGCGGUGCUCAGAAAGAAACGAAGGAAGGUUUCAACUGGGGUUAUGAACAGGGUCUUGACCCUACAGGUGGAGACGGAAAGUACGUCGAACUUGAUGGCACUUCUCCCGAUAAGACUGGGUCAGGCAAUGUAUGGCCAGCAGAGCAAGACUUGCCCGGCUUUUACAAUGGACUUGCGGAAUAUUAUGGUCAGGUGCUGCAGGUGGCUCGACACCUCUUCCGUCUGUUUGCUUUAUCGCUCGAUCUUGAAGAAGAUUACUUCGAUCCAGCCACCACACAUCCCGGCGGAAUUGCAAGACUGCUGUACUACCCAGGCCAACCUGCGCUUGAAAAAGAACCAACCGAGGAAGAGGCCGAUGCCGCCAACAAGCUUGGGCUCGGAGCGCACACCGACUAUGAAUGUUUUACACUGCUCCUCUCUUCAUCAUCAGGCCUCGAGAUUCUCUUCCCACCCUCCCCCCUGACCAACGACCAGCCCAUUUGGCGGCCUUGUCCUGUUCGACCAGGAACUUUGACCAUUAACGUGGCGGAUUUCCUGAUGCGAUGGACCAACGGACUGUACAAGUCGACGAUCCAUCGCGUUGUGAGCAAACCAGGUAGCGGCGAGAGAUACUCAAUCCCUUUCUUCUUCAGUAUCAACUACGACAGCGAGGUAACCGCCCUGCCAGAGCGUUGUGUUGGUAAGAGUAAUUUCCUCCCGUUAAAGGCUGGCGAGUAUGUCCUAGAGAGACUGCGGGUUACGCAAUAA